AGCAUUGGUUGCAGCUGGAGGACGAUGAAGAUGAUGAUGAUAUGGGGGACCACGAUGAGGACCACCCUGGGAUGGAGGUGGUGCUGCACGAGGAUAAGAAAUAUUACCCCACCGCCGAGGAGGUCUACGGGCCCGAAGUAGAGACGAUAGUACAGGAGGAGGACACGCAGCCUCUCACUGAGCCUAUUAUUAAACCUGUGAAAACCAAAAAAUUCUCCCUGAUGGAACAGACGUUACCGGUCACUGUCUAUGAGAUGGAUUUCCUGGCAGAUCUGAUGGACAACUCGGAGCUGAUUCGAAAUGUGACUCUGUGUGGGCACCUGCACCACGGCAAGACGUGUUUUGUUGACUGCCUGAUAGAACAGACGCACCCAGAAAUCCGCAAACGCUACGACCAGGACCUUUGCUACACUGAUAUAUUGUUCACGGAGCAAGAGAGGGGAGUGGGGAUCAAGAGCACACCAGUGACUAUUGUUCUACCGGACACCAAAGGAAAAUCUUUUCUCUUCAACAUCAUCGACACUCCAGGUCAUGUCAAUUUUUCUGAUGAGGUGACAGCUGGCCUUCGCAUUUCGGAUGGCGUCGUGCUUUUCAUCGAUGCGGCCGAGGGGGUGAUGCUGAACACGGAGCGGCUGAUCAAGCACGCGGUGCAGGAGAGGCUCGCCGUCACCGUGUGCAUCAACAAGAUAGACCGACUGAUCCUGGAGCUGAAAUUGCCCCCGACAGACGCUUAUUACAAACUCCGACAUAUCGUAGACGAAGUGAAUGGUCUGAUCAGCAUGUAUUCCACCGACGAGAACCUCGUUCUGUCUCCCCUUCUGGGCAACGUGUGUUUCUCCAGUUCGCAGUACAGCAUCUGCUUCACGCUGGGAUCUUUUGCAAAGAUUUAUGCAGACACAUAUGGAGACAUCAAUUACCAGGAGUUUGCAAAGCGCCUUUGGGGCGACAUCUACUUCAACCCGAAGACCCGCAAGUUCACUAAAAAGGCCCCAACGAGCAGUUCCCAGCGCAGCUUCGUGGAGUUCAUCCUGGAGCCCCUCUACAAGAUCUUGGCUCAGGUGGUGGGGGACGUGGACACGACCCUGCCCAGGACUCUGGAUGAACUUGGCAUCCACUUGACCAAAGAGGAAUUGAAAUUGAACAUUCGGCCCCUCCUGCGGCUCGUCUGCAAGAAGUUCUUUGGGGAAUUCACAGGCUUUGUGGACAUGUGUGUGCAGCACAUCCCCUCCCCGAAGGUGGGAGCCAAGAUGAAAAUCGAACAUACCUACACCGGUGGUGUCGACUCAGAUCUCGGGGAGGCCAUGAGCGAAUGCGACCCUGACGGUCCGCUGAUGUGUCACACGACAAAAAUGUACAGCACAGAUGACGGCGUUCAGUUCCAUGCCUUUGGCAGAGUGCUCAGCGGUACCAUCCACGCUGGGCAGCCUGUGAAGGUCCUGGGAGAAAACUACACCCUGGAGGAUGAGGAGGAUUCCCAGAUCUGUACCGUUGGACGCCUCUGGAUCUCAGUUGCGAGGUACCACAUUGAGGUGAACCGGGUCCCUGCUGGCAACUGGGUGCUGAUCGAAGGUGUGGACCAGCCCAUAGUGAAGACUGCGACCGUGACGGAGCCGCGGGGCAAUGAGGAGGCUCAGAUCUUCCGGCCUUUGAAGUUCAACACCACAUCUGUUAUCAAAAUAGCCGUAGAGCCCGUCAACCCUUCAGAGCUCCCCAAAAUGUUAGAUGGUCUCCGCAAAGUCAACAAGAGCUACCCCUCGCUGACUACGAAGGUGGAAGAGUCUGGGGAGCACGUGAUCCUGGGAACGGGGGAGCUCUACCUGGAUUGCGUGAUGCAUGAUCUGCGGAAGAUGUAUUCGGAGAUUGAUAUCAAGGUCGCCGAUCCGGUGGUGACAUUCUGUGAGACAGUGGUGGAAACGUCCUCGCUGAAGUGCUUUGCUGAGACACCCAACAAGAAGAACAAGAUCACGAUGAUUGCCGAACCCCUGGAGAAGGGACUCGCAGAGGACAUUGAAAAUGAAGUGGUGCAGAUAACGUGGAACAGAAAGAAGCUGGGUGAAUUCUUCCAGACCAAGUACGACUGGGAUUUGCUGGCUGCCCGUUCUAUCUGGGCCUUUGGGCCGGACGCCACUGGCCCAAACAUCCUGGUGGACGAUACGCUGCCCUCAGAGGUGGACAAGUCGCUGCUGGGCUCUGUGAAGGACAGCAUUGUGCAGGGGUUUCAGUGGGGGACCCGGGAGGGACCCCUCUGCGAUGAAU